CUGAGCAUAAAGCCAGAGUUCAGUUCGGCAGAGGCCUCUCCUCCAAGACAGAAAACCUGCACCAUGACUAUUACCUUGGGGUACUGGGACCUUCGGGGGCUGGCUCACUCCAUUCGUCUGCUCCUAGAAUACACUGACUCCAAGUAUGAGGAGAAGAAGUACAAGAUAGGAGAUGCUCCUGACUAUGACAAAAGCCAGUGGCUGAAUGAAAAAUUCAAGCUGGGCCUCGACUUCCCCAAUUUGCCCUACUUAAUCGAUGGGCCUCACAGGAUCACCCAAAGCAAUGCCAUCCUUCGCUAUUUGGCUCGCAAGCACAACAUGUGUGGGGAAACAGAAGAGGAGAAGAUUCGUGUGGACAUGUUGGAGAACCAGACUAUGGACACCCGCAUGCAACUGGCCCACAUCUGCUACAGCCCUGAUUUUGAGAAGCUGAAGCCAGCGUACUUGGAAGGGCUCCCUGAGAAGAUGAAGCAGUACUCACAGUAUCUGGGGAAGAGGCCCUGGUUUGCGGGGGACAAGCUCACCUAUGUGGAUUUCCUGGCCUAUGAUGUCCUAGAUCAGAAUCGCCUGUUUGUUCCCACCUGUCUGGAUGCUUUCCCAAACCUGAAGGACUUCAUGGCCCGUUUUGAGGGCCUGAAGAAGAUCUCUACCUACAUGAAAUCCAGCCGCUAUCUUCCAAAGCCCGUAUAUGCAAAGAUGGCGCUAUGGGGCAACAAGUAG